AUUGGUCAGUGUCUUUAGCUGCUUCAGAGAACAGUUUGAUUUUACAUUAUCUCAAACUGCUUUCUGUUGAAUUUGCUGAAUCUUUAUUUUUUCACGUCCACUGUUUAAGGACAUACAUAAGGGGAUGGAGGCAAGAAAAGACAAUGAAGCAGGAACUGAACCAAACGAUACAGCUCAUCUUGUUAAUCCGACAAACGAUACCGAUGCUGAGUCAUCCACCACUGCAGUUGUUGAUGGACAGAUCACCAGGUCUGUUGAAAGGAGCACACAAAACCCUAAAGAUCAGUCUGCUAUGGAUACAGCAAAGGAAAAGGCAUUAAAACCAACCCUUCAAUUGAAUUUGACCACAUUCACAGUAAAAAAUGGUGAAGAGUUGAAAGUAGAGAUACCAGUGCUGGGGAAUCCAACUCCAAAGAUAGAAUGGGAAAAAGAUGGACUGUCUGUUAAGGAGACAUCCAGGUUGGAGAUCUCAACUACAUCAUCAAUGACAGUUCUUCAUAUCAGACAUGCUGCGAGGGAGCACGUCGGUCAAUAUUCCAUCAAAGCGAGCAACACUGCUGGAAACGUUACAGGAGAAAUCACAGUGGUGGUUUUUGAAAAGCCAGACCCACCCAAAGGGCCCGUGAGGAUUGAUGAGAUCAGUUCUGAUUAUGUGUCCAUUUCCUGGGAGCCACCUGAAUACACAGGAGGCUGUCAGCUUGACAACUACAUAGUAGAGAAACGUGAAAUUAUUAACAUGGCUUGGCAGAUUGUAUCAGCAACGACAGUGCGAACUGCAAUCAAAGUCACCAAACUAAAGACUGGUAAUGAGUAUCAAUUCAGAGUGUUUGCAGAAAAUAGGUAUGGCAAGAGUACACCAAUUACAUCUUCAAUUGUCCUCGCACAGUAUCCAUUUAGUGUUCCUAGGGCUACUGGUACGCCUUUCGUGUCCGCAGUGACAAAGUACAGCAUGUUAGUCGAAUGGGCGCCCCCAGGAGAAGAUGGAGGCAGCCCAGUCACUGGCUAUUAUUUGGAAAGAAAGGAGAAAAACAGCAUCUUAUGGACCAAGCUGAACAAACUUGCCCUACCUGAUACCAGACUCAAAACAACUGGCCUGGAAGAAGGCAUUGAGUAUGAAUUCAGAGUUUUUGCUGAGAACAUUGCCGGACUCAGUCCAUCAAGCAAGAUAUCAGACUGCUAUGUGGCGAGAGAUCCCUGUGAGCCACCUGGUAAACCUGAAGCUGUUGUCAUUACUAAAGAGAACGUCACACUCCGAUGGGCCAAACCUGGCAAUGAUGGUGGCAGCUCCAUCACAGGCUAUGUUGUGGAAAAGAAAGAGCUUCCAAAUGGCAGAUGGAUGAAAGCAAACUUCACAAAUGUAAUUGAGAAUCAAUUCACAAUUACAGGCCUGACAGGAGGCCAAAGUUAUGAGUUCAGAGUAACUGCAAAGAAUGGUGGAGGCGUCUGGAGCAAACCCUCUGAAAGUAUAACCAUCUUUGCUGAAGAUGUAAUUGAAGGACCCUCUGUGGUCAUGGACUCCAAGUUUAAGAGUACAAUUGUGGUUCAGGCUGGCGAAACGUUUACAAUUGAAGCUGAUUACUUUGGAAAGCCCCUACCCGAUAUAAGGUGGCUGAAGGAGGAGGUGGAAAUAAACAAAGCUACACCAAGAACAGAUGUAAAAAACACGCUCACCCAUACAACACUAACUAUCAGGGACUGUACACGGACAGAUGGAGGACGGUUUGUACUGAGUCUCACAAACAUUGAUGGAACAACAUCGGUAACAGUUAAUGUAAAAGUAUUGGAUACACCCGGUUUUCCAGAUGGACCUCUGAGGGUGAAAGUUGUCAGUGCUGAAAAAUGUAAUCUUCAUUGGAACCCACCUUUAAAUGAUGGCGGUGCCAGUGUUUCACAUUACAUUGUUGAAAAAAGGGAGACCAGCCGUGUCACAUGGACAGGGGUUGAUCCACAUGUUGAAGGUGUCAGUUACAAAGCAACAAAGCUGACACCAGGAAGAGAAUACCUAUUUCGUGUUUGUGCUGUGAACAAAUUUGGUGCAGGGGAAUUUCUGGAAUCAGAACCAUUCAUUGCACAGAAUCCCUUUAAAACACCUAGUGCUCCCUCUACUCCUGUAGCCAGUUCUGUGGCUGGAGACUCUGUAAUGUUGAGAUGGGAAAGACCUGAGACGGAUGGAGGUUCAGAGAUUGAUGGCUACAUCUUGGAGAAAUGUGAUAAAGAGGGUGUUCGGUGGACUAAGUGUAACAAGAGAAGACUGAAUGACUUGUGUUUCAGAUGCACAGGACUCACCGAGGGACAUUAUUAUCAGUUUCGAGUAUCGGCAGAAAAUGCUGCAGGUGUUGGUCCGCCCAGUGAGGCAAGUGAUUAUAUUAAAGUGUGUGAUGCAUCAUACCCUCCUGGUCCCCCUACCAACCUUAAAGUUACAGAUCAUUCAUGCAGUGCUGUCUCUCUAUCCUGGUCAAAGUCUAUCUAUGAUGGUGGCGCUCCUAUUACUGGAUAUCUUGUUGAGAUGAAAGAAACAACGGAUGACGAAUGGAUCACAUGCACACAAAACACACAAGAAACAAAGGACACAAUAAAAGGUCUGAAACAAAAUGUAGAGUACAACUUUCGGGUACGUGCAAAAAAUGCCAAUGGAGUUGGUGAACCUGUGGACUUACCGGAGUCUGUGGUUGCAGUUGAGAAACUAGAGCCACCUGAAGUUGUGUUGGACACAACUUUGAGAAAGAUAGUUAAUGUUCGAGCCUGUUCAACAUUACGUCUCGAUGUUGCCAUCAAAGGAAGGCCAGAACCUGAGGUCCAAUGGUCAAAGGAGGAUGGCCCUAUCAGUGAGCAUGCACAAAUAGAGGUUACCGGUUCCCACACAUUGCUGAUGAUCGAAAAUGUCAAUAGAAAUGACACUGGGAAGUAUGUAUUGACUGUUACGAACUGUAAGGGCUCUAAAUCAGGAUUUAUCAAUGUUCGAGUGUUGGAUACCCCAGGUGCACCAACAAACCUGCAAAUAAAAGAUGUUCAGAGAGAUUCUGUUUCCAUCUCCUGGGAAGCUCCUCUCGUUGAUGGAGGAGCAGAAAUCUUACAUUACACUGUGGAAAAGAGAGAGGAAGCUAGGAAGGUAUUCACAAGUGUCUGUAGUAACUGCACAAGAAAUUCCUAUAAAAUUGACAAUCUCCAGGAGGGCUGUUUUUAUUACUUCCGUAUCUUGGCUGUAAACGAGUAUGGGAGCGGACAAGCAGCAGAAACAAAUGAGCCCGUUAAAGUGUCUGAAGUACCACUUCCUCCAGGAAAAAUCACGCAGGAUGAUGUCACUUGUGACAGUGUACACCUCUCAUGGGAAAAGCCAGAUCAUGACGGUGGAAGCAAAAUUACAUGUUAUAUUGUGGAAAUGCUAGCAAAGGGAGAUGAUACAUGGAAAACCUGUUCUGAAAGUAAAUCACUAGAAACAGUCAUUAGCAGACUGACAAAAGGGAUGGAGUAUUUCUUUAGAGUUAGCGCCGUGAAUGAAAAGGGAAAGAGUGAACCGAAGCUCCUGUUGACACCUGUUACUGUAAAUGACACAAGUGCUAAACCUGUUAUUAAUUUGCUGUCAAGUGCAUUCAAUGUGAAGGCAGGAAAUGAUUUAAGGAUUGAUGUGCCUUUUAAAGGUGUACCACAGCCAACAGUAACAUGGAAGAAAGAUGGCAAUAUCCUUAAAGAGACCUGUAGGGUAAAUGUGUCUACAUUGGAUAUGUCAUCUCAAAUCAUAAUCAAAGAUGCAAAUAAGAUGGAUGUUGGCUUAUAUGAGGUAACUGUGAGUAAUUCCGCUGGUAGUACAUCUGCUGAAAUCCAUGUUAAUGUUUUUGAAAAACCUGGAGCACCAUGUAACCUCACUGUGGAAGAAGUUAGUGCCGACUUUGUGUCUCUGAUAUGGCAGCCCCCGCAAUACAGUGGAGGGUGUCAAAUAUCUAAUUAUGUUGUUGAUAAGAGAGAUGCGGCAAGCACAAUUUGGCAGACUGUGUCAGCCACCGUUGCCAGAACUUCUAUAAAAAUUACACGGCUGACACAGGGAACUGAAUAUCACUUUCGUGUUGCUGCGGAGAAUCGCUAUGGCAAAAGCUCUUUUAUUGAGUCUGAACCUGUUGUUGCCCAGUACCCGUUCAAGGUCCCAAGUUCACCAAACAAUAUCUCGGUGAUAAGCGCCUCAAAGUCUACGAUGGUCAUUACAUGGAGCCCGGCAAGUAGUGAUGGUGGUAGCCCUAUUAUUGGCUAUCAUAUUGAAUGCAAAGAUCAGAGUAGUAUUCUCUGGACAAAGUUAAACAGGAGUCCCGUGACGGAGAACAGAUUCAAAGUCACAAGCAUUGAAGAAGGCCUCAUCUAUGAGUUCCGGGUGUACGCUGAAAACAUCGCUGGUGUAGGUCCAUGCAGUAAAGCCUCUGAGCCUGUUGUAGCACGAGACCAAUGUGAACCCCCACACAACCUCACAAUCACUAAUAUAACCAAUUCAUCAGUGUCCCUCUCAUGGGAAAAACCACAAUAUGAUGGUGGUGCAAAAAUUACUAGUUUCAUCGUAGAACGCAAAGAGCUUCCCGAUAGUUGUUGGCUCAAGUGUAACUUCACCAACUUACUUGAUACCUUUUAUGAGGUAACUGGUCUUACAGAGGGUGAACAGUAUGACUUCAGAGUCCUUGCAAAGAAUGCAGUGGAGCUCUUCAGUGCACCCUCCGAGUCCACAGGACCUGUGACUGUGCAGCAUGAUGUGAAGCCACCUAAAAUUAUUUUGGAUGACAAAUUUAGACAUGUUUUGAUUGUAAAAGUAGGUGAACUUCUAAGAAUAGAUGCUGACAUCUCAGGUCGUCCCAACCCAACAGUUUUGUGGUCAAAGAAUGGUAGAACUAUUGACACAAAGGGUAGGGUUGAGAUUAGUGUAACAAAGACGCAUACAUCUCUACUUAUCCGAGAAAGUGUUCGAAAAGACUCCGGACAGUACACUCUGACCCUACAGAGUACUGCUGGUACUACAUCUAUUGCUUUUACAUGUCGAGUCUUAGACAGGCCCGGCCCACCAGCUGGACCUCUGGAAGUAUCUGGACUUUCAGCAGAGAAAGUCACUUUAUCAUGGGGACCCCCUCAUGAGACAGGUGGUGCAGAGAUCAUGCAUUACAUUAUUGAGAAGUGUGAAACUAGCCGUGUAGCUUGGACUCUUGUCUUUGGUGAAUUGAUGACAACUACUUGCAAAAUCACCAAGCUACUCAAAGGAAAUGAGUACCUCUUUAGGGUGAGGGCAGUGAACAAGUAUGGUGAAGGAGAAAAUCUGGAAAGUGAUCCCAUCAAGGCAACUGACCCCUUCACCCAUCCAUCAGCUCCAACGGAUGUUGAGGUCACAAGUAAAACGAAUGAAGCUAUGACUAUUUGCUGGAAGAGCCCGGUGUCUGAUGGCGGAAGCCGAAUAAGUGGCUACAUUAUUGAGAAGCGUGAAAAACAGGGCAUUCUCUGGCUACGUGUUAAUAAGAAACCUGUCUACGACCGACGAGUCAAAGUAUCUGGUUUACACGAAGGAUGUGAAUAUGAAUUUCGUGUUUUUGCAGAGAAUGCUGCAGGGAUAAGUGAACCCAGUCUGCCAUGUCCUCAUACCAUGGCAGAAGAUCCAAAGUUUUUGCCUUCCCCUCCUGGAAAGCCUACUAUUCUUGAUUCCUCCAAGUCCUCAAUUACACUGUCAUGGAAUAAGCCACUGUUUGAUGGUGGAGCGCCAGUCACUGGCUAUAAAGUUGAAUUCAGAAAAUCAACAGAAGAAGUCUGGACUGUUGGCACUCAAAAAACAGAUAAGACUGAGUUUAAAGUGACUGGGCUCACCUCAGGGACAGACUAUGUAUUUGUUGUUAGAUCAAUAAAUAAGGUAGGCAUCAGUGAGGCCAGCCCCGAAACAGAUCCUUAUGUCACUGUCGACAGAGAGGAGGAACCCAAGUUUGAAAUAAGCACUGAGAUGAAAAAAACUCUCCAUAUUAAAGAAGGAAGUGCCUUCACUUUAACUGCGCCUUUCACUGGAAAACCUGCUCCAAGUGUGACUUGGGAAAAAGCAGAUGUUGAUCUGAGAAUCAGAGGGCUGAUAAACACCACCAGCUCCAUGACCUCCAUAACUGUGGAAAAAGUGACUCGUGAUGAUUCAGGCAAAUAUAUAGUAAAACUGCAAAAUGGUGUCGGGAAUGCCUCUUUGGCUCUAAGUGUGAGAGUCCUGGAUUCCCCUGGUCCACCAGCACAUUUAGCUGUUAAAGAUGUUACCAAGAACUCUGCCACAGUUACUUGGGACAUCCCUGAGAAUGAGGGAGGAGCCUCUGUAAAGAACUACCUUGUUGACAUACUGGACAUCAGCAGAAAAGGAUGGACAAGACUCACAAACAAAUGCCACAGAUUGUCCCACAAGGUGACCGACCUGGAGGAGGGAGGAAUCUAUUACUUUAGAGUUACUGCUGAGAAUGAGUUUGGCAUUGGUGUUCCGGCAGAGACAAAGGAAGGAACAAGAGUGGCAGAUCCGACAGACUGGGAAGCAAACCUGGGCGCCUAGUUUCUCCCCUCUUCAGAUGGCGAGCUGAAAAUGUUCAGCAUGUUGAGUAGCUUGUUGACCCGUUUACACUAUUUUCAAUUCUCAAAAGUAAAAGUUUCUUGAAUUCAAAAAUAUUUUUGUGUUUAAACAUAAAUGUUUUAUAGCAUCCUUGGAUGUUCAAUUCAAUAAAUACAUGAAUAAAACAUGCCCAAUACUUGAGUUUGGAUUUGAAGUAGAAAAUAAAAUAAUAUUUGUUACUCUUAUUGAUUAAUCCUUGUACACAUCUUCUACAAUUAUGUGUAUGCAGAAACUGUGCUGACUGCGGCAUAUUUAUAUUGAUGUUUUUUAUGGAUUCAUUGAUUAAUGUGCAUUUUCUUAUUCAAAUAAAAUGAAACAAAGGAAUCAAUAUGAACAAGGCGCAUAUCCCAAAGCAGCUUCUGCAAAAAAAAAAAAAAAAAAAAAAAAAAAAAA